CGUAUUUGAAUUAAUAGGGUCAAAUAUAUUUUAUAUUUUCAUGGAUAUAAUUUCACAUUCAAAUUUGAAGUCUUUUUAUUUGAAUAAAAUUAUCUACAAAAUUGUGCGUGUACACUUCAGCCGACUACACAUGUAACUGCAUACUUGAGCGUUAUUUAUUAUUUUACACGCACAAAUUUAUUAUACAAGCAUACUUGAAUAGUGCCAGUGUAUAUGCUUGAAUUAUGUCAUCGAAAGACGAGGUGAAGGCUGAUUAUACGUAUAAACAAGACAGUUUCACCUGUUAUCAUGCCGAAGGCCGGAGACCAAAAGUAAUUAUAUUACAAACGAAUCUUACAAACGAAUUUUAACACUGUCCUGCCGAAACACAACCAGCCGCUAUAUGGUUAAAUACAGCAGCUUUCGGUUCGUUUUUAUGGCUUUAUAUCUACGUCAUGGGGUACAAAAAAUGUAAUUAUGCCCUAUUAUCGAGUUCGAUUAGUGUUAACAAAAUAUGUUGGUCUGCCGAGUAUUGGAUCUCGUCCAGCUACCAUGAUCCUCUGGCAAACUAUAAACAAAUUGACUUUUUACAGCCAGCUAGUUACGUCAUUAUCGAGUACAAGGUCGUAAUAAAGCUCAUAUUAAAAUUUAUAAUGCCCACUUUACUUUGGUAAAUUUACUUAAUGCAUAUGUAUAUCUGAUACGAUCGAAUUGCAAUGGUACGCGUUCUUCAAUUCGCUAAAUCUGAUAUGGUAAAAACGUUCUUUUUAUAUCGUAAAGAUACCAUACCCAAGUAUCCUUUCUUUUUCUCUGUUAGUAUCACAUUCACAAUUACACAUAUUACCAUAUAAAUUCUUUAAAUAAAUAUUUUCGUAUAGACAAUUUUAAUAUCUGAUGUUGUUUGAUAUAAUCUGACGUAUCUAAGGUAAAAUAAAUAGGAAGUAGAGUAGAGCAAUUAAUGGGAAAUAUACAGCGCCAUCUAUUCUGUACGCUAUACUAUGAUGCUGUACCGAUUCUAAAGGGGGACGUAUUGAAAUGCUUGAAGAAGACAUACGAAGCCAUGCUGGAUUUUGUAUAAAGUGAAGUGCUUGAUAGUUACACUUGAUGUCUUUUAUAUGCAUAUUUGUAAUCGAAUAAAUAGAAUUUUGGAUUUUCGCGUAUAUAUGGUUCAAUACAUAAAGAAGAGAAAGAUGUGGUAAAGGAAGAAUCGAUUUUCGAUAAUUUAUGAUCUUUCUAUGCGAAGACGGCCAGUUUAUAUUACUUUGACCCCAAACACGUAACUUAAAACUCUGUAGGUAAUUUCUGUAAAGUUGGUACUCGUUUUGUAAUUAUGAUAUAUGUAAUUAAUACAUGGUGCAUUUGUAUUGAUGCAUUGUAUAUAUUGUAAUUGAAAAUUAUAUUCUGAGGGUUAUUUGCACUGUCAUAGAAUGGAGAUUAUCUGUAUUUUGGAAGAAAAUCGCGCUUGGACAAAUCAUUCGUAAUGGUUAAAACGUGUCAUGAAAUAAUUUAAAUAUCGAUUUAAUAUUGAUAUUUCCUAGUAGUUAUUACUAUUUGUCUACACAUAUGUAGAAAUAGAAAUUUAUAACCAUAUGGGGUUGUGAAUGAAAGAACUUUUCUCUAUAUAUAUUUACAUGCUAAUCUUUAUGUUUAAAACAUAUCGAAUGUAAUUACGUUUGAUGAUUGUACGGCUGUUGCAAAAAUGAAUAUUGAUAAGUCUACAGAGAAUUACGAGAUGGAUCAAAAAUGCUUUAUAGCAUGGAGCCCUCUAGAAAAGAACGAUUUCUCAUUUAAACAUAGAUAUAUAACAUGUAGUAGAUCAGUUCCACAUAAAAGCAAACGUCUUGCUAAGUACAGGCUGAGUCGAUCCUUGAAUUUUGAUGCGAGUGCCUGUAAUUCCAAUUCAGAAAACAGUUCUUUCGAGGAAGACAAACAUUUAUCUAGAUCUGCUAAGAUAAUGAGAGCUUUAAAUUUCAAUAGUAGUCCUUCCUAUUAUGGAAAAACAAAAAUCAAAAAGUCAUUAAAUUUUAAUUUAACUCCUAGUCCAAAAAGUUUUAGGCACGCGAAGAAAGGUAUACGAAAGUCUUUGAGCCUGAACUUUAGUUCUCCUCUGUCUGUUCCUAAUAAAUUUUUGAAUAUCAAUGACAAUCCUAGCGACUCGGCAAAUAGUACUUUAUUAUUUUCAUCCUCUGAUUCAAUUGACGAAAACCAAAAUGAGACACCAUUGCAACAAAGUACAAAGGAGCAUGAAAUGCUGCAUUACUCUACACCUAAUGCGAAGUAUACUAGAAAAUCGUCAUGUCAUUCAGCAAGUUUUACACCAUUACUACGUAGUCGAUUGAAGGAAACCAUCGACAACAUUGUUUAUGUCGCUGCGACACCCAAUUCGCAGUCAUUAAAACGUGUCAAAGGCAGAACAAAAUAUACAAAUAAUAUUACCAUGAAUACUUCGAGGAACCUUCUUCAUGAAUUUCACGAUAAAGAUGACAAUAGAUCGUGCACACCAAAAAAUCUAAUUUGUAUAAUUCCAGAAAGUAUGAGUGCUAUUAAAAGAAGUCACAAGAAGGAAAGAUCGUCAAGGCGCAGCGAUGGCUAUACAACACAAUUUACAGAUAGUUUUGUAAAAAACGAGAGCGUACUUCAAGAUAGAUUUAGUCAAUAUAGUAAACAGAUUGAUCAGUUUCAAGAUUCUAGAUCGGAUAUAGAGCAAUGUGCUAAUAGAAGUUCUAAUGAAUUGGUAUUGAGCCACUCCGAAGAUGAUAUGUCAGAUACAGGUUCACUUUUUGACUACACAGAAGAACAGAAGCAUAUUUUCGAGGAAUCUAAAAAAGUAUCUGAGUGGAAGUCGAAUUAUACUAGUGUUAUACCCAAAAUAGAUAAAUUUGAUGCUAAAGUAAAAUUGGAGGAGAGUGCGGACAGUUUUUCGAGAGCUGACACUUCUGAUCGUAGCAAUAUGGAUGCAAGUAAUUUAUGUAACGAAAAUAUCGAUUUGGCUGGUAGAUCGGUAACUCCGGAGCCAGUGAAAGAAACCGUGUCAGAAUCGCAGAAGUCCGUUACUCCUGAGAAUCGUAUCAACAUUUUACAAACAAUCAGUAAAGAUUCCAUAAAAAAGUCUCAUAAAAAAAUUAAAGAUAAUAAUAAAAGGAGAUUGUUCAGUCCAAAAGUUUUACAAGAUAAACUCGAUGCUACGGAAAAACAAGAGAAUGCAAAAUGUUCGGAAAACUUUGAACAGUAUGAAAGUACAGAAGAAAAUAAAAUAUCCGUAGAGGUGAAUAAUCCUGAUGUAUCAAGAGACGAGCGAUCAUCUACUCCUGACAAGGUGAGUUCUAGCAGACUUUUAUUGUCGCAAUUUAGUUCUGUCAAAAAGUCCCAUAAAAAGGACAAGCAUAACAAAAUAUUAUGUGGAUUUUUAAAACGACAAGAAUACUUCAAUAAAGAUAUGGAUUUAGUAACGAAUAACAAAUACGAGCAACGAACAUUUAAUGAUGAAAUAUCCGAAUGUAAAAACAGCAUUGAAGAUUUUCCUUCGGAUUUAGAUGUUGUUAGAAAUAUUGAGGAUUCUACAUCUUUAGUGGCAUCUGCCAGCUUAAGUUCUUCUCUGGAUAAAUUAUCUCCGAGCAAAAGGAAGAAGCCACAGAAUAUAUCGCUGGAUCAUGAGAAAAAUGUGUCAUAUGAUUUCGAACUACAAGAAUUGGAUACAUCGAAAGAAGAAUUUAAAAUUUUCACGCCUCUUAAAAGGAAAAGAUCAUUAUUUGCAUUUACAGUUGCUAAGGAAUAUACGCAUUUUUACGAUUUAGCAUCUGAAAAAAAUGAGCGUUCGGAUGACACUGUGGGGAGCAUUAGCUUUUCACGGUGUUUAACACCUGUACUAAAUUUUCCGAAUAGUUGCGUAAAGUUAGAAAAAGAUGAUAUAAUAACAAAGUCCGAUGACAGUGCUGACAAUGGAAAUGUAGAGGAGGUAUACGAUUCGAAUUGCGAUUCGAACGAUGUAACAGGCAGAUUGACUCCAAGAAAUAUGUCAACUACAGAAUUGUAUCCUAAUCUGGAUUCCAUUAAAAAAUCUCACAAAAAGAAUAAACGUGGAAACAGCUCACGAAAAAUGUUCAAUGCAAUGAAAAAUAAGCAUUCCAUAGAUGAGAAACAUGAGACAUCAUUAGAAAGUGUUGCGAAUGAAAUGUAUAAUCCAUUAGAAUUUUCAAAUGAUUGCGUUAUCGCUGAUGAUGUGAUCAAUAAGCCGAUGUACGACAAAUCGGUCAAUAACGUGGAAAAUUUGAUGAACCAUACGACUGAUGAUAAUCAGAAUUGUCCAAGUACCAGCGCGGAAAAUAUAUCAACGACCGUGACACCACCGAAUUAUUUAAAGACGAAAGCUUAUAUGAAGUUGUUACAGGAAACUUCUAUCAAACGAUCACAUAAAAAGAAUCGAAAUAAAAGGAAACAAGAAUUGGUAGUCGAUACGAACGAGUUAUCGGACGAUGGAUCAAUAUUUGGCGAUGAAGAGAAGUCAUGUUUCAUCGAAGAUAGAUCCGCGCAUGAUUAAUAAUAAUCGAGUUGAUGAAACGAUUCUAUACGAUACGUUUUUAAAUGUAGCCUACUGGUAAGUGCAGCUGUAACGAUUCAUGCUUACGAUCAUUACAUAACGUGUACGUUGAAACCAGCUUAUAAACAUUUUGUACAAGAAGCGUUUGAGAACCUUGCAGAAUUAUUUUUGUAACUAGAAAGUGUACAUUUAACUAAAUCUUAAAACUUUGUUCGGUUCAAUUCAAUCAUUAUCUGUAAUAUGAUCUUUGUUUUUCGUUCUAUAAAAUUUCUAGUGUGUAACAUCAUACGAGCUGCAUCGCGUACAUCAUCUAUAUAGGUAUAUGUAAUUAGUUUACUAUUGGAUAUACAUUUAUUAGAAGCGCUCGUGUUAUAUCGUGGAAUCGAACGCGUGCACUGUGUAUCAGAAAAGUGUCAACCUAUGAUAAUACUACACAGCCGUGUUACACGUUUCUAUAUUAUUAUGUGAAUUGAAAUUGAAUUAUUUAUAUUGAUUCUAUGACCCUUUGUUUUCGAAAUUUUACUUGCUUUUAUAUGAUUACCUAUUCUAAUAUAUCCUUUAUUAUUACAUAUAUGUAUUUCUCGGAUAUGUUGUUAAUAAUGAUAUAUGUAUAUGUAAAGUAAUACAGUAUAGAAAUAAGUAGGAUCUCCUUCUUAUCCUUGUUAGUUGUUUCUCUAAUAUCUGCAACAUUAGUCUCGUACAAAUUUCGUUUAUUUUCGUUAAAUCAUUUGUUCGAUUCAUCGUUUCGGAUAAAUAUAAUAUAGUAUCUUGUAAAACGUCACAUUUUAUAUUGACAAUGCACGAUAUCAGUAAUUGUUACAAUAUUUGCUUAUGUUAAGGGUGUAAGAAGAUUUAUUAAUUAAGCUAAGUACGACAGUUGUUAUAACGACAUCUCGAAAUUGACAUUAACGCUAGUAUAUAUAUUUCUUUCCUUUUCUCUGUUCCUUUUCUUUAUUGAAUUUGUCAUUUUUUAUUUUUUCUGUCCUCGUUCGUGCUUUCCUUCCUUUCCCAUUUUAACAAUCUUACUAAUUUUAAAUACAUCUUAUUAACUGGUACUACUAGGUAAUAGUAAGGAAAAUAAAAUAAAACUGAUAAAAUAAUAAUAAAUAGUAAAACAACGAGGGGUAAACUUGAAAGAUAUUCAUCUUUGUGGCAAUAUGCGCGUGCAUUAUGAUACUGUGUAUAGUACAUAUAUGAUGGUGAUACAACGUAGAAAUGAACAUUGUGCAAUUGUGCAUUAAGUUCGAGUUUCUCGCUUGUAUUCUCGCCUAUAAUGUCUUCCUUUUCGAAUGUGUACACGCGACGUGAGAACGAGAUUAAGAUAGUAUUAACUACACUCAACGAGUAAAUCUUCGAAUAUAAAUUAAUAUACGUGAUUUGUACAUGAUAAAAGAACUGUAAAGGACGAUGUUUAGCCUACUUAAGUACGAAUCUCAUUUGCGUAUGCACAAAUUUGACGUAAGAUUUCUUCCAAUUAGUAUCAGCCGUUUUAAUGAAAAAGCAACCGAUAUCGUACAAAGUUUAUGGAACUUGAAGCUUAUUCCUUGAAUUCUAUUUCUAUGAGAUUUGAAAUAAAUAUCGAUAUAAACGCCUGCAUAUAGCGUAUAAUUUCGAACCUUUGAACGUUAUAUACGCGCGAGUAAUGUAAUUGACUUUUGGAUUAGAAAUAAUAAACGACUGAAUUGUUUACUGUUCGGACAUCUUUGCGACGAUAAUCGUAAGUUAUACCUAUUUUCCAUUAAAUUUUAAUGACAAUUUAUAUAAAUACGUAAGUUAUGUUUAUCUGCGCUUGGCAUCUCAAUGUUGAGUUAUUUGAUCAUAAGGUGACUUCGAUGUAAUGUCUUAGGUCAAGAUUUUUUAUAAUCUCGCAUUUCAAAUAAAUUGUUUGAAUACCACGUUGAAACUGAAUGCAAAAUAAAUAAAGUAAGGAGUAAUAACAAUAAAAUCUAUAGUAAGUAA